CCAGCGACCAAUACCGUAUGGAAAACACAUGAGAAAGUAGUGGAUUUUGUCGUUUAGUAGAAGUUGAGCGUUUACAGUAGUUUAAAGAAACCUGGGCGCGGUAUAUUGACAUUCAGUGUUAAUAUUUUCCUACUGCGGGAAGGCUAAAAGUAUAGAAAACGUUUUUGGGGCGUUUGAAAUGUCUCUGUUUCUGGUGAACAGAUAUCUUGGAGAGGAGGAUGAUGGGAGUGCCUCCAAAGAGUCUCGGUCCCAGGCGUUGCUGGCUAAACUGCAGCAGAAGGCAAAAGAGAAGCAGAAACAGAGUUUGACUGAACAGAGACAACACGUGCCUGAAGAAAAGUCAGAGUGGCAGGAUGUCAAAAAGAAGAGAAAAGCCGACAAGGACCAUAGUCAGGAACAUCAACACCAUAAAAAGAGGAAAUCAGAACAGGACUCUGAUGGCAAUGAUGAGGCUGUCGAAAAGAAAAAGAAAAAGAAAAAGAAGAAGGAGGAUCAGUCAGGCGGUUCAGUUAAAGGUCUUGCAGACACUGGUGAGACUGGAAGAGAUGAACAGAAGGAUGCUGGAGGAGAAGUAGAGGAAGCAGAGACAGAAAACGACACAUCAAAACAAACCACAGGGAAGAUAUCUGCUCCAACUGGGUUCACGGUUCUGGGAGGAUUUGAGAACAAACCAAUCCAAAAGGUCCACAGAGUCCUGCCUCAGUGGCUCGCUCAGCCUGAUGUGAUUCACAGAGACAUUAAAAGCAACCUGGUCCCUGUCUCUGACAUCCCAGGACUUUCUGCUCAGCUGGUGAAAAAAAUACAAAGUAAUGGAAUUCAGCACCUUUUUCCAGUGCAAGCGGAGGUCAUCCCGGCCAUCUUGGAGAGCGCGCAGCAGGGGCUGCUGAUUGGACGAGGCGGCUACAAGCCCAGAGACAUUUGUGUGUCUGCACCAACAGGAAGUGGCAAGACUCUUGCAUUUGUCAUACCUGUCAUACAGGUGCUGACGGAGCGGGUGGUGUGUGAAGUCCGGGCUUUGGCUGUGUUGCCGACCAAAGAGCUUGCUCAGCAGGUUUGCAAAGUGUUCACAUCAUACGCUGAGGGGACCACUUUGAAAGUGGUGAUGCUGGCCGGUCAGAAGACUUUUGCUGCAGAGCAGGCUUCGCUCUCGGAGCACAGAGGGGGCAUGAGACGCAGUUUGGCAGACAUUGUUGUGGCCACUCCAGGUCGACUGGUUGAUCACAUCAACAAGAACUCAGGCUUCUGUCUGGAACACCUCAGGUUUCUCAUUAUUGACGAGGCUGACAGGAUGAUUGACAGCAUGCACCAGUCUUGGCUCAGUCAGGUGGUGAAGGCGGUGUACAGAUCAGGGAGUGGACCAGAAGCCAUGUCCAUCUUCAGGCGGACUGAGCUAGCAUAUGUGACAGCAGCCAGUCUGUCUCCACCUCAGAUGCCACUGCAGAAGCUGCUGUUCUCUGCCACACUCACACAGAACCCAGAGAAGCUGCAGCAGCUGGGCCUCCACCAGCCCAGACUCUUCAGCUCCAUCCGCAGCCACUCCAACACCACACCAGCAGCCCCCACCCAGAAACAAGACCGCUUCGACUUCCCCCAGAGUCUGACGGAGUAUUACGUGCCCUGUACAUUAAGCAAAAAGCCCCUCCUCAUCCUCCACUUCAUCCUACGCCUGAAGCUCAGCCCCAUCCUCUGUUUCACAAACUCCAGAGAGACUGCACACAGACUAUACCUGCUGGUGCAGCUGUUUGGUGGAGUUCAGGCUGCGGAGUUCUCCUCCAGACUCUCUCCUGGUGAGAGAAAGAAGACGCUAAAGGAAUUUGAACAAGGAAAGAUCCAACUGUUGAUCAGCACGGACGCAGCUGCCAGAGGCAUUGAUGUCAACGGGGUCAAAUGCGUUGUGAAUUAUGAUGCACCGCAGUACAUCAGGACAUACAUUCACAGGAUUGGAAGAACAGCAAGAGCAGGGAAAGCGGGCCUGGCCUUCACCUUCUUGCUAGGAGUACAGGAGAAGAACUUCCUUCAGAUGGUGGUGGAAGCAGGAAGCCCCGGGAUUCAGAAGCAGAUCGUCAAACCUGAGAACCUGAAGGGUAUGGAAGCCCGAUAUGAACAAACGCUGCAGGAGCUGGCCAACGCCAUCAAGGAAGAGAAAGCCAAAUAACGGAGCCACACUGGCACUCUCCUCUGAGCUGACAUCUUAUGAGGAUCACGUUGCAUUUUCUUCAGUUGUAUUUAUUAUUUAUGUUGUUUAAUAAAACAUAACAAGUGUAUGUGUGAUGAAUCUGGUGAGUUGAGUUGCACAGCACCAGUGCCCAUGUUAAUAACCCAACACAUGAAAAGUAGAAAAAAUUCAUUAAACACUGCCUGUGAAAAGGUUUCAUUAAAAGAAAGUAAUUAGUGAAAGUUAAUUAAAGCAAUGGCUUUACCUUUAUGUGGGUAAUGAGAGUGAUUAAAAAGACUUAAUCCUUAAAGGGAGUGUACAGUAGUGGGACUAUUGUAAGUCAUACAUAUAUAAUCAUGUAUGUGUGCAUGUGGAUUCAGAAACAAUAUUCAGCUAUAAUUUCUGACCAGAAAAAUAAUAUUAAGUUAUAUUUCCUCAUCUAUUUUUGUUUUGUUUGAUUGGAAUUCAAUUUUAUUAUGAUGAUUACUUAAUGAAAUUUUACUUUUAAAAUAUUUUCUUUUGGACUUUGUCAGUCCAGUGAGACUAUUAUUCCAAUUUAAAGAAACAACAGCAUUGUGAAAGAACCAGAAACUGAGUAUCUGACAUGUUCUAGCCUUGGAUACUUUACACUGACCAUGACCCAAGCAGUGUUUUUUCCAGGGAGUCAUAUAUUUUUGCUUAUAACAGAACCUUUUCACAGCAGCCAUUUUGACCUGAAAUAGUAAGGUAAACAUUGGUGUGACCAAUGAUACUGAUUACGGUUCAAGUCAAACAGAGUCAGGAUGCUGUUCUUGUACAUAUUGACUCACUGGAAAGAGCCUUAAUUAAUACCAUUGCUAACACCUGUGUUUAUCCAACCAUUUUAUGUCAUAAUAGCUACUAUAUACUAACACGGUUUUCAAUAACCUUUAAUUCUCAGCUUGAAGUUGAGUGGAGUUGUUCUGGCAAUCAUGUGAGGUCCCAAUUCAGCCAUUAUUCUAUCAAUAGUUUUUGGAUUAUCAGUGUUAUAAAUGUCAUUAAUUCCCAGAGCUCAAAGUAACACCUUCAAAUGUCUCUGACCAACCGUCCAAAAGCCAAAGAGCUCCAAUUUACAAUCAUAUAAAACAGUAAACAGAUAGAUCGAUACUUUAUUUAUCCCAAGGGAAAUUGAAGUAAAGCAUGAUGCUCAUCACACUGAACAUUGUGCCUGCCUUCAUUUUGUAGUUUUAGCUUAUUGUUGUGUUGAGAAAGCCUGGCAGGUACAUUUAAGAAUUUAGAGAAAACUUGACCAUUGUCCUUGUUUCAGUCCAGUCAGGUUAUAAUUCACUCUGUCCUUGCAGUACAUAAGGGUUAGGGUUAGA